AAAAAAAAAGAAGCAAUGUAUCGUCCAAAAAAUUAACAGUUUGAAAGUGGAGUGUAAAGAAGGAGGAUCGUUUUGUACGCAUUUUUUUUUGGAUUUGGCCCACAGGAAAAAUUUCUAGUGAACAAAUAAAAAUGGCAGCAAGCAUAAUGGAAGUGAAAGACCAAUUGGACAAGUCCUUGCACGACGAGUCGAAGCCCUGGGGCUCCGUUAUGGGCAAAGUCGAAGCCGCAACUGGUGUAAAUCGCACAGUUAUCUUCCUUGGGGUAGUGGUCUUUAUUGGAUUAUGGUUGGUAUUCGGUUAUGCCGGCCAAUUGGUGUGCAAUCUUGUAGGAUUCGUGUAUCCAGCGUACGCUUCCAUGCAUGCCAUCGAGAGCGCUCGCACCGACGACGAUAAGAAGUGGUUAACUUACUGGGUGGUUUUCGCAAUCUUCUCGUUGCUCGAGUUCUUCACAGACAUCAUCACUGGAUGGCUUCCCUUGUACUGGUUCUUCAAAUGCAUCUUCAUGGUUUGGCUGAUGAUGCCAACCGAACUGAACGGAUCCAUCAUCAUCUACAACAGGAUCAUCAGGCCAAAGUUCCUCGAGCACAACGGCGAGAAUGCAAACAAAGUCUUGACCAAAGAACACUAGGCUCUAUCUCUCUCGUCCGCAGACAGUCUUGGCAUUACCCCAAACGUUUUGAAACUUUUAAAUGACUUGUUUUUUGUUUAAUUGAGAUUCCGAUUUCUUGAUUCGCACAAGAAGCGAACGUUCGUUAUAUAUUCCUUACCAGUUGUUUUUUUUCUUUUAGUUUGUUUGUUUGUUAUUACUUUUACUAUUGCCAUUUAAUAAUCGUAGUGUAUUCAUUUUCGUACUUGUAAGACGUACAUUUUUCAUGGCAAAUUAGUUUUUAGUCUAAUUUGUUUUUUUGUCGUGAUUUUCAAUAUCUUAAGGAUUUUAAUCUGUUUGUAUUUAAUAUAAGGAAACAAUAAGCGCGUAUUUAAGCACCGAACUUUAAAAG